AUGAUCGUGCGGACCGGGAUGCUCCCCCUUCUUCUCGGCACAGAGCUCGGCUGCCUCACAAUGAAUCUGAUUCGGAUGACGAGCCAUUGUCUCAGAGACUUCGCCGUAGGGCUCCCGACCUUAGUCAGGAUUCAGGCCCUUCCACUGUUCCUCCUCCGUCUUCUGCUACAACCACCACUUCCCCUUCACGAUGAAUCUGAUUCGGAUGACGAGCCAUUGUCUCAGAGACUUCGCCGUAGGGCUCCCGACCUUAGUCAGGAUUCAGGCCCUUCCACUGUUCCUCCUCCGUCUUCUGCUACAACCACCACUUCCCCUUCACCUCCUAUGGCCACCCAGAUUCCCGUCCCGGAUCAAGCAUAUGCUCCCCCUGCUCCGCCCGAGGUACAAGUCGAGCCUUCAUCAGCUCGACCCUCCACCUCGCAACAGCAUUACAUCACCGAGGCAAGUCCCUCGCUUCGCCCUUCACCAGCUACUUCCCCGCCAGAACCAUCUCCUGUACCCCCUUCAGUUCCUUCUGGAUCAGCUGCUGGACCCUCCGGGUCAGCUGCAGGGCCAUCACAGCCUCCCCCACCUGUUCCUCAUUUCUAUCGUACCACCACCCCCUCUGAGGUUGGGCUACAGUCAUGA